AUGUCUGGAGUGCGUGGAAAAUAUUUGGUCGAGUUAUGUAAACAAAAAGACGUCCAGCAGACGAACCAUAACAAAAUAUGUGAGAUAAUACAAGAUUGGAACCAGGAAAAAGUGUCGUCUCCAGUACCUGAUGAUGUUGAUGCAAUUAUGACACCACAAUUUAUGUCUAUGUUUGAGGAUGUCUUUGAAGGACCUAUUGAACAACACGAAGAUGAACAUUUUUCUUCAACACGACUCACUUCUCCAUGUCAGUCGACACAAAAUCAGAUUAUAAAAGAUGUAAAUUUACACAUCACAGAACCAGAUUCACCAUUUAUUUAUUCUGCUUGUUUAGCUACUGAUGUACAAAAGCCUUCUCCAAUGACUUUGACUCCACAGUCCGUAGAACAUAUAUUUUCUAUAAGUGUUGAAAAUUAUGAAUCGGACUACAAUGAAUGCACCCCAAUGCCUUCACCCUAUUGUGACUUUAGCAAUUGUUCUCAAAGUGCUGAUGAAACUUUGAUACCGACCACGAUUCCUGAAGAUGAUGUAUCAGAGAUAUCAGGAAAUAUUCUCUGUUCCAAUCCCCCAUCGCUUAUUAUGCCUUUAGGUACACUUUGUAAUGAAACAAAUUCAGUGUCGGAUAUAAAUCCUUUAUCCGUUUCUUCUACUGCUACAUCAAAUGAUUGGACAUCUUAUGAGAGUAGUGGAACAAAAAAUCCACUAAAUAGACGCUCAUCAAAGAAACGAUCCGACAAAGGACGUAGGCGCAUUAAGCAUGUAGAAGACUGGGUGGCGACGAAAAGAAAACGUCUUUGUAAUACGGGACAAGAAUAUAUUUCUAGAAGAGGGAAAGUCAAAGAGGCAAGAAAAAUGAAACCAAUUUGUAGUUAUAACUGUCGGCUACAGUGUCGUGAAAAUUUCAGUGAGGAAAUACGGCUAGAACUAUUUUCUAAAUUCUGGGGUACGGGGAGCCAUGUUAAGCAAUGGCAACUUAUUUCCAAAUAUGUCUUCCAAAAAAAGAAAAAAACUUGCACUAAUCUUGAAAGUAAAAGUAUUCGACGAUUAUAUACAUUGCAUUAUCAUCUUCCAAUAAAGUCAAAUGAUAAUGAAAUGAUAUUAAAAAAAGUAUGCAAAACCAUGUUUUUAAAUACUUUUAGCAUAAGUAAAGAUUUUGUUUAUACUGCUUUACAAAAAAGUAACGAAUGUCAAGAUUUCCAUGAUUUCAUUGAUGGUAGAGGUCGGCAUAAGAACCAUAAAGUGGUAAUUACUAAUGAAAUUAAACAAAGCGUAAUUGAUCAUGUUAAUUCUUAUACACCCGUUGAAUCGCACUAUGUCAGAAAACGUUCAAGUAUAAAAUAUUUAGAUCCCUCAUUAUCAUUUUCAAAAAUGUUCAAAAUGUAUCCAGAAUGGUGUAUAGAAAAUAAUUAUAACAGUAGAGUGCAAACUUUAAGACAAUACAAGGACAUAGUCAAUGCAAAUUUAAAGAUAGGCUUUCAUGUUCCGAAAAAGGAUCAGUGUGACCUCUGCCAUCAAUUUAAGAACAUAUCUGAAGUUACUGAUGAGCAGAGCGAAAAAUAUAUAAUACAUCAAAAAGAAAAGGAGUAUUCUCGAAAGCUUAAACUAGAAAAUAAAUUACUAGCAACUAAUGAUAAUAAAAAAGCAUGCAUUGUAUUUGAUUUUCAGAAAGUACUGAACACAUGGAAAUAUUAG